AUGUUGAAGACCUUGAUUACAAUUGCUUCUGUAUUGGUGAUUAUUGGAGCAACAAACAUGUUUAUGGUCCCUGUGCAGGCUAAACAAGGUGGUGGUUGGAGCACUCGUAGGACAACAGUGAGUGUUGUGAAUGGGCUGGUUCCUGAUACUACUGUUCUUACUGUCCAUUAUUUCUUGAUAGUUGGGCCUAUUUUGUAUUUGGGCUCCUAUGGUUCAAUGAUAGCCAUUGCUCGGAAGGGUCUGAUGUCCAAAUUCAAGAGCGAGCUCCGUGAAGGCAAAGUUUACACCAUCACUUAUUUCUCAGUUCUAUCAAACAGUGGCGGUUUUAUGGCUUCUGAGCAUGAUUACAAGAUUAUGUUCAAUGAAAAAACUAGGGCUGCAAUUGAAGAAGCAAUUGGAAUCCCAAUGACUAAAUACUCCUUCAAGGACACUGAUCAGAUAUUGGCUACUGGUGGUGAUUAUGACUUUUUAAUUGAUGUGAUUGGAUUAGUUACCAAUGUAUCAAGUGAGAAGAAAUAUCCUAAGGCUGGCAAUGUAACACGGAUGAUAGAGCUGGAGCUGACAGAUUAUAAAGGGAAGAUUAACUGUGCUCUAUUUGGCCACUUUGUUGAUGUUGUAAAACAACAUCUUGCUGCUGAUCGCCAAAUGCCUGUUGUAGUUCUUCAAUUUAUGAAGAUCAAGACAUUCAUGGGCGAUGUUGUAAUUCAGAAUGUCAUGAAUGCUACUGUCCUACUAUGGAAUCCAGCUAUACCUGAAGCUGUCUCAUUUCAUAAUGGGUUGGCCCUUCAUGGAAUCGAUGCCGAUUUGCCUCUAGCUGAAGCUGUUGAUUCUGAUGAUGUACCAGUGAUCACCUUAGAGGAUGAAUUUCUAAAGCUGUAUCCUAGGAAAGACAUCAGGGAACUCAAUGAUACUGCUGAGGAUGGUAUUUUUAUUGUUAUGGCGAAUAUAUCUGGUCUGGUUGAAGGGGAAAAGUGGUGGUACUCUGCCUGUAGUUGUCAUAAGGUUGUGACUGUGGAAGAUGGAAUCUCUUAUUGUCCUGGCUGUUCCAAAGUUGUGCUAAGUGUUACUCCAAGAUUCAGAAUCAAAUUAGAAGUUGAUGAUGGUCUUGGCUGCGGUGUAUUUGUUGUUUUUGACACAGAUUGCCAACAAUUGCUGAACAAGACCUGCAAGGAACUGAUCAUGGCUUCCAAGGGGAAGGCUGCAAAAGAUUACCCAAAUGAGAUUAAGUCCAUCAUUGGAAGACAGAUUUUAUUUAAGGUGCAGAAAUCAAGUGGCCAUGGUGCCACUUUUGAUGACUCCUACAAAGUGAAGAAAAUAUGUACUGAUGUCGUUAUGGUUGAGAAUUUCAAGGACAAUUCCAGAGUUCAAACUCCCACCAAGAUGAUCAGCAGCCCCAAAUUUUCUAAGUUGUCUGGUGGGGAACUUGAUAACAAUGGUGACUCUUCUGCAAAACUAUCUGAAAUAGGUCCCAGUGUUGUAUCCCUUGAUGAAAUUUCUCCCACUGAUGGAUCUGUUAUCUGCUCUUCUGUUCAGAGUGCUGGUAGUGACCUGAGUUCUAACAAACCUGCUAAGAGAUUGAGGAUCAGGCCUGUGAAGUUGGAGAAGGACUACGCGUUGUAG